AUGACACACUUCGUUAGCCCAGCACGUCGUGCUGUCAGUUUGACGUUAUUGCAGGCCCAGUCGGUUCCCUGGGUUGCUAAUUUGCGCCAUACUCCUGAGUUGCCAGAAUCCUCAGUUGAUGGCCCAUCCAGUGCGAGGCACCUUAUUAGCUUGACACUCACGUCUGUUGUUCUAUUGGUUUUCCCAGCAGUUUAUCCAUGUCGUCCUCACAAGCUGGGGCACUGGUAUGAUCGGUACAACCCCGCUAGUGCUAGAUCGCCAUCUGUGAUGAACCCUAUUGUUAUGACAUGGCAAGCGACUGCAUGUUCAGUCAGCAUUGGUGUUCAGGCUCACGACAAAGCUCUCAACUGCGAAGUCAGAGUGUCCAACCCCUGGCCGGAAGGAACUCAGAUCCCGGCACAAAUGCGGCCAGACUACCUAGCCAAUGCCAAGGACAGCCAUUUCCCAAUUACCUUGUCCUUUGAUGGAUGGGGCCCUGAAUUGCUGUCUUCGCCUGCCCAGUUGGGUCUCCUGGCAAAUCCUUCGCAUCGCCCAUGUGGGCUAGAAUGCUCCUGUGAACUGUGCUGCUCAGUCGCAGCUGGCCUGUCGAUUACAACGGUUUCCAAUGGUUUGGUGGGAAAAACGAUUGAGCCAGUGUCAUCGCCUGGUGAGUCGGCCACCCUUCCGCAUCCCAUGCCCGAGUCAGCAGGCUUGCGUGUGUUGUACCGCCUGGUGGCUGCAUACACACCAAUCAAGAUGUGCUUUACCGAUUCAACGCACUGUGCGGUCGAAUCGGUAAUAUCGCAUGACCAGUCGGAUUCUCCAGCUGAACCUGCGUGUCGACUUCCCAAGCUGGCACGCUCAAACGGACCAAAUCGUUCGACCACAACUCAUUUGCUGGUCCCGAUACACUUCCGCGGCUCCACAUGUCAAUCCUUUCAGGUUGAAGAGCAACCCAUCAUCCUCACAGGUACUCAGGCUCUCAACAUAGCCUUUGAAUGCGACAUCUACCUGUCUAGACUUCAGCUGGGGAGGACUCAGAUUUUGCACAGGAAUGGGGAGCGACCGACUCCCAAUUACCUCACCCAUCGACCGUUGGAUUGCAUGCUGGCAUGUGCUACAUCACUCAGCAGCAGCACACUCACUGAUCGUAACGCAUUCCAUCGGUUCAAUGUGUCAAAAGAUCAUACCACCUGUCAGAAUGGGCGCACAUCGCAUCCAUCUCGACCAUCUGUUCAGGUUAAAAGGGAGCCUAUCGUCCUCACAGUUGUUCCGGCUCUCGAGGAGGAUCUCAACUGCAGAGUCCCCGGGGCUAAUCCCCAGCUGGGCGGAACUCAGCCGAUGACAUCAAUGUGGCUAGGUUACAUCCCUGAUGUCAUAUCCAUUCCCGGCCAUCGACUUCCGGACUCUCCGACCCCUCCGUUCUAA